UAUGUGCGUCUCUGAUUCAGAGAUAUUGAAAGAUAAAAAUAAACUACGAUUCGGAAAGCACUGACAGUAACUUCAACAGGCUGUUGUUCAUGUGAUAAAUUGCUACCACACAGUUCACCAAAAAUGAGUGCGCGUUGUGUUUUGUAGUAGGCAACAUAAAGAAAGAGAUGUCUUUAACAAUACAGCAAAUUAUUCUGGAUGCCAAACGUCUAGCUAACCGAUUGAAGGAACAUGAUACAACAGCGGACGCUUUGCUGUCACAGGCACAGAACGUGUACCAGAAAAUUGACACAAUGAAGCAGUACCAAGAGAAAGCGAAUGAGCUGAAUGAAUCGGCACGUCAGCGGCCACAUGCUGUGCUUGUGGCAGGCAUCCAGCAGGAGAACAGGCAUUUACGUGAAUUACAGCAAGAAAACCGGGAACUAAGAGCUGCUCUGGAUGAACACCAAAAGGCACUGGAGCUUAUUAUGUCAAAAUACCGUCAACAUGUUACACGGCUGGUAGCGUCAUCUAAAAUUGAUCUUGCUGCAUUGGGCACACAGAAAUAUUCUAAGAUCCCAUCACAAACGGAAACCUUGCAAGAUGCAGAACAAGAAAAGGUAAUUUGUGAACAGUCUAACAAGAUUUGUGAAAUGGCUGCUGUUAUGAGGAAAUCAGCUGAAAUUGAUGAGCAAAAAGCACUUGAGGAAAGAGAAUUGGUGACAAGGUUGGCUACAGAAAAUAAGGGAUUAAGAGAACUACUUGAAAUUUCCUGCAAAAAUGGUACCCUGCGAAAUAGCCUACUUGGCAUAGAAUCUGAAGAUAAAGAAAUGCAAACGGAAAUGAACUGUGAAACUUCUUGACAGAAGUAAACAUCUGGAGGAAAAAGCACAAUGAAAGACAAACCAAGUGAUUUGUUUCUCUUUUUAAUGUGGCAGCAUGAGUCAUUAUAUAUUACAUCACUGAACUAAUGUGCAAUGAUUCUUGCCUCUGAUAAAGGAAUUGGUAAUGACUGAAUCUCACAUAAUGUUGAUGUGACUGUUAAAAAUUUCUUUUGUACUACAUUUUAUACAUUAUACGCUUUCCAUUGUGGUAUUCUGCUGGGAAUAAACUGUGUUUCUCUGACUGUACAGCUGAAUGUUAAUGGCCAAAAUGCAGUGCCACAAUAACCACAUCAGUGCAGCUACAAAGAGUGUCUUUAUUCAUUGUUUCAUGUGGCGUGGCAUUGGUCAUUUCUGCAAGUGUGAUUUCUGAAAGUUAUGUUUUCAAUUCAGCAUUUUGUCUGUUGGGCAAUGUGAAUUUCAAAGAAUAAAGUAACUAGUCAGUUGUAAGUUAGACAUUUUAAUCUCUUUUUAAGCUUAUUGUAUAUGUAAAACUUUGAAUAAGUCGCAAAGGUGUGAGAUGAACUUCAGAAUAGUAUCACAGACUGUGACCCACAGUAAGCAUCAACAGUAUCAGAAUUAUACUAUUUUUUUCUCUAUAUGGCUCUUUAAAUUUAUGAUUUAUGGGAGUUCAUAUUUUUAUUUUGGUCUGUAGACAGUAACUGUGAGUCAUGCGAUCAGUCAUAUCAUAAAUUUUUUUAAUAUACCAACGUGAUUAGUGUCUAAAUCUAAAAGAAAAACUCCAAGGGUUUGUUUGUUUCAAUCAGUCCUCUGAGUUCUCUCUUUCGUUAAAGCUACCAAUCUUACGACAAAAAUAUAUAAUCGUCAUUUGCUCAAACAAAUGUCCAUAUAAAAGGCAGUGCACAAAUUUCAUAACAUACUUCAUUUAGCCUUUCAUUUUCAUCUUAUGUGAUAGACUUUUCUCUGAAUGAAUUAAAGUAUUUUAGGCAAAUUUAUUUGUUGGCUGUGAAGUUUAUAUCGUAUACCUUCAUACUUACUAGUGAUGACUAAAAGCUAUUUCCAGGAGACAUCCUGGUACUUUAACCUCACAUUUUGUUUGUAUAAUUGGAAGUUUUGUGCAGAGCUAAAAUAUUUGAUUCUUGGCAAAUGUUAGAAUCCAUCCCUUUCAACAUAUCUCACAUAUUUGAGAAUGAAACAGGCAGUUUUGGAUUUUAUAGCUACAAGUUACAUGCAUAAUGCACCAGAUAUUGUGUUUAUAGUAUUCUCUGGUGACAGUUUGAGGCUGAUAUAGGUACCACAAGAGAAGGAAGAUCUAGACCAUGAACUGUUAGUCUUGGAAAGACUUUUCAUGCUUCAGUUGAAUCCAGUGACAGUAAAUUCACUAGCUGUCCUCUACAGGUGGGGGAUGCAAAUACAGUUAUUAUUGUGGAGCAUAUAAUGACAUAUUUGUGAAAUGGAUAUCUAGUUUUUCAGGGGAUAUCUUGUAGGACAGGAAACUGUCAUUAUGCUGUUGAAACAUAUGGAAGUUCAUAAAACAGAUGCAAAAAAAAAAAAAAAAAAAAAAAAAAAAUUGAGAAAUAGAUCAGGCAGAUGAAAAAAAAAAGCCAAAAAAGUAAAGUUAUGUUACUGAAUUGUGACUUUGGUGUUAAGGUGUCAUAAGAGAUUAACAUUUUGUGUUCAACAUCUUUAGAGAAGUGGCUUGAAAUCAAAGUUUAAUUAGCUAAGAGUUUGUGAUGAAAGGAAAAAAGUGAAUCUUUUAAAAUAGAAACUAUUAUUUGUAUCACGACAAAUUAUUACUUGGCAAGGCGAACUAGUUACCUGGCUGGGGUGGCAGCACUGUUAUGUGCAUGCCCAAGUAGCAGGGAGAAGGGAGAGUACUAGCCUACACUCCAGUGGAAUACUGCCACACUUUGUAUGUCUGUAUGUGCCACUGAGUGAAGUUCCCCUGAAUAUGAACAGUCUCUCUCACAUUGGUUGCUAUGUAUGCUUCUCCUGCUGUAUCCAUGUAACUACGUCCCCUGGUGACAUUACUGUUUUCCACAGCUAUGUCAGUGGAUUCAUAAUCUGCUAUUUCAGUUGUGGAUGAUAAUGCCAUCUCUUUGUUUGAAUUUGUGCAGACUGAUUUAAUAAAAUGUUUAGUUUUCUAGUCUGUCACAGUCUCUUUCCUCUGGUAGUCGUUACACAUUCCUGCGUGAUAUACAGUUUUUUUGGUCUUCUAAUGUCGUGACAGCAAAUGCUAAUAUAACAACAGUGAAAGCAAACAGGCCACAUGGUCUACUAGUUAGUAUUUUUGACCAAUAACGCCAAGGUCCUGGGUUUAAUUCCUGGUGACCACCUCAAAUUUUUCGCUGGUGGAAAGGUCUGGAACAAGGUCCACUCAGUCGUGUGGGGCAAACUGAUAAGCUGCUUUGUAUAGAAAGGUAGCGAAAUUGAUGUGGAAGUCGCCAAAGUAACAUUACUUCGAAAGGCUUGCAAAUAUCUUCAGCUGUUUUUUUUUUUUUUAUUAUAGAAUGGGACACUUGUCAUUUUGACUACUGACCUUUCUCUUUGCAAUAUUCCAGAAGGCUGGUGUCACUUAAUUAGUGCUGGAAGUUUGGUUUACCUUGGAGCUAUUUAUUUUUAAUUUUUGUGAAAUAAUAAACUGGUAGCCAAGAUCGCAGGAAUUCUUUUUAUUCCAUGAUUACCGGUUUCAGCGAAACUAAAGCUGCCAUCAUUGAAUCUUAGGACACAUACAGGUUACACCAUCAAGGCAAACAAUGGUGAUAUUAAUACUUGCCUAUAACAUGCUUGUAGAGGGGAAGGGAACACAAAAUGGAACUUUCACAACAAUGAAAUGUUUCCUGGCACUACUGUCUGACUUUACUUCUUGCACACUGUCAUUUCGCACCAUUUAUUAUCAGUGUAGCAGGUAAGAAUCCACAAUUUGUCUAAAUAAACGACUUGCCACUUUAAUUCUGAUACUUUAUUUCUUCAUAAAAAAAUCUAAUGUAAUAUAUUGUUUCCUCAAGUACAUUCUGUCAUCUGUACUUGUUCAUUCUGACACCUUAUAAAAAUGUUGAUGGAACAGUUUAACUUUCGCUUGCACAUUUUAUUGUCUUGUCAUUCUCAUUGUCAUUAAAGUUAGUUAUGGUAACAGCAAGUCAUCAGAGCUAACCCUUGAAGGUAUUUUCUGCGAUCGCUUUUUGUGUUCAUACUGAGAGAUAAUAAUGCACGCUACUUUGAAGUUGAAUACAACUGUACCUAGUGACGUGAGUAAGUUAGUUCUCGCUAUGGCCAGGUAACCACUUCACCAUGACGAGUAAUUUUGUGUGUGUGUGUGUGUGUGUGUGUGUGUGUGUGUGUGUGUGUGUGUGAGAGAGAGAGAGAGAGAGAGAGAGAGAGAGAGAGAGAGAGAGAUUAUGUUAACAGGUACAGUUGAAUUGGUGUCCUAAUGUUACUAAUGUUACUUAGCAUCCCAAAUUUUUGUAUUAGUAUAGCUUUUUCCUUUAUAAUAAUUGAAAACAGUGCCACAGUUAGGUAACUGCACACGGUUUUUACAUCAGUUUCCACUUCUAUGCUGAUUAGUAAAAAGUUCCCAGCAGAUCCAGUAAGACUCUGUGAAACACUUUAAUGAAUUCCAUAUUUUGAACUGUGAUGAUAAGAGCAGAUGUUUUCUGUUAAAGUUGCUUGCUGACUUACAAUAGAUCACUUUAGAAACUGUACAAUGCAACUGUGACUGAAAAAUCAUACUAGUAACAUAUUUAAAUGUCUCUCUAAUAAUUGUACUCAUUUGAAAUAUAUUUUCGUACAUUUUAAGACAAAUAUAUAGAAGUAAAUUUUGAAAUUGACUGUUAAACUCCAAUACAUUAAGUAUAGUGAUGUUGAUUCAGUUAACAGCCAUAUGUUACGCCUUGUACAUAAUAUAUUGUAUAGUGUUAAAACUGCAGGUAAUAUAUUGUACUUGUAUGUAAAGUUGCAGAAAAGAUAUUUUGUGUUAUGCGCAGAGGAAGGAUAAAGAAAUUUUCAGGACUUGUUUAGAAUCUUCCAUUCCCAUCCUUAUCCACAUUCAUUCAACUUAAUACAGAAGGUGAGUGAGACUGAAGCCGUAAAUCAAAUGAAAAGAGAAUGUUUUAAGUACUGUUCAGUAUAUAAAAUUAAUUGUUGCUUACAUGCAACGCAACAGAGACUGGUCCUGAGACAAUGUUAAAGCAGCAAAGAGACGUUGUUACUAACAAAUUGAAAUUUCAGGUAGGUUCAAGUUACGGGAAAGCCUGAACUGCAUAGAAGGCAGUAUCUUAUUAUCUUAUUCAGAUAAUGUUGCUCAAAUUUACUAAUUCAAAAGCAGAGUUUUGUUCUGUUUAUCAUGAGUAAUACACUCAUGACAAGAAGCAUGAGAUUCAAGUACACGUGGACAUGAAUCACUGUUAGGAUUGAAGAGAAAAUAAUCGUGCCAUGUCACUGUUUGGCCAAUACAGUAUGUAUAGAUUAAUAGUCUGCUUAUGUUCGUAAAGUGACAACAUCUCAACAGUCGCUUGCAAAAGUCUGAUAGAGACCAGAAAUUUGUAACAAGGGAUUCUCUCUAUUAGAAAGAGAGGAAUGAAGGGGGGGGGGGGGGGGGACUCACUAUAUGUUCAUGCUUUAAGUCUCACAUUGUGGUAUUCCUCCUUCCAUACCUCCAUUUGCACAUCCCUGCGGUAUAAUAUGUUGUACCUCACAAAAGAAAAACUUUAGGUUUUGUAUAACAGAUGAUUAAAUGCUAUCACUGCCAAAGAGUUACUGAUAAGAAUGACUGGAGAAGAAUGUAUAAUACUAAAUGGUAACAUGAAACUUAAAUUUCAUUCCUUCAACUUUAAUCUGGAGAGAGAAAAUCCCUGUUUCUGAAAACAUAAGCCUUAAGUUGUGUGUGACAAAAGAAUUAUUGUAGUGUUCCAUGCAAGUGGAUAGAUUUUAUUGGCCUCCAAUCAGUUGGAGGUGAAUAGUACCAAUUUUGGUGUGUAGUCUCAAUUUAUGUUUGUGAACAGUAACUACCAAAGUAAGCACAAAAGAAUGUGAAUAAAAAGUAAUUAAUUUAAAUCAUGUUUUUUAUUUUAAUGACAUAAAAUAGAAAUAUAGGUGAUACUAC